UGUAAGACCCUGACAAACAGUUACCGCUAAUAAACUUUCAUAAUAAGUACAAAAAAAGUUUAAUCAGUGAGUGAGAAAGACAGUGCGCUCAGUUUUCUCUGUAAAGUUUCUAGUUCUGUAACUCCUUUUGCAGAGGACCUGAUAGGUUCCGAGAUGGAUGAGAAAGCCGAAGCGUUAGAGGCGGUGGUGAAGGAAGCUGUGGAUUUGGAGAACGUACCCAUUGAAGAGGUGUUUCUGACCUUGAGGUGUGACGAACAUGGACUCACAUCUGAGGCUGCUCAGCAGAGGCUGACCAUUUUUGGGUACAACAAGCUUGAGGAGAAGCAGGAAAGUAAGGUUCUGAAGUUCUUGGGGUUUAUGUGGAACCCUCUCUCAUGGGUGAUGGAAGCUGCAGCUAUCAUGGCCAUUGCUCUUGCCAAUGGAGGAGGAAAGCCUCCAGAUUGGCAAGACUUUGUUGGGAUCAUUACUCUGCUCAUCAUCAAUUCAACUAUAAGUUUUAUUGAAGAGAACAACGCUGGAAAUGCUGCUGCUGCUCUCAUGGCCCGUCUCGCCCCCAAAGCCAAGGUUCUCCGAGAUGGGAGGUGGAAUGAGGAGGAUGCUUCCGUUCUUGUUCCUGGUGAUAUAAUCAGCAUUAAGCUUGGGGACAUUAUUCCAGCAGAUGCUCGCCUCCUCGAUGGUGAUCCACUGAAAAUUGAUCAGUCUGCACUUACCGGUGAGUCACUUCCUGUGACCAAAGGCCCUGGUGGCAGUGUGUAUGCGGGUUCUACAUGCAAACAAGGAGAGAUUGAAGCUGUGGUGAUUGCCACUGGUGUUCAUACCUUUUUCGGCAAGGCUGCUCACCUUGUUGAUAGCACGAAUCAACAGGGACACUUUCAAAAGGUCUUGACUGCAAUUGGGAAUUUCUGUAUAUGUACUAUCGCUGUGGGAAUGGUCGUAGAGAUCAUAGUCAUGUACCCAGUUCAACACAGAAGUUACCGACCUGGUAUUGACAACCUGCUAGUGCUACUUAUUGGAGGAAUUCCCAUUGCAAUGCCCACAGUUUUAUCUGUGACAAUGGCUAUUGGUUCCCAUCGCUUAGCUGAGCAGGGUGCUAUCACUAAACGAAUGACGGCAAUUGAAGAAAUGGCAGGCAUGGAUGUUCUUUGCAGUGACAAAACUGGGACUCUGACAUUAAAUAAGCUUUCAGUUGACAAGACUCUUUUAGAGGUCUUUGUUAAAGGGGUGGACAUAGAUACUGUUGUUCUAAUGGCAGCUCGAGCUUCACGAAUCGAAAAUCAAGAUGCUAUAGAUGCUGCUAUUGUUGGAAUGUUGGCCGAUCCAAAGGAGGCAAGAGCCAAUAUUCAAGAGGUGCACUUCCUUCCAUUCAACCCAACUGACAAGCGAACAGCUCUUACAUAUAUUGACCUUGAAGGUAAAAUGCAUCGUGUCAGCAAAGGUGCACCGGAACAGAUUUUGAAUCUUGUACCCAAUAAAUCAGAGCUAGAACGUAGAGUUCAUGUUAUGAUUGAUAAAUAUGCGGAGCGAGGACUAAGAUCCCUAGCAGUAGCAUACCAGGAAGUUCCAGAUGGAAGGAAGGAGAGCCCAGGAGGGUCUUGGCAAUUCAUUGCACUCGUGCCUUUGUUUGAUCCUCCUAGACAUGACAGUGCAGAGACAAUUAAAAGAGCAUUGAAUCUUGGUGUGAAUGUUAAGAUGAUCACAGGUGAUCAGCUCGCAAUAGCGAAGGAGACAGGACGCCGUCUUGGUAUGGGAACAAACAUGUACCCCUCAUCAGCUCUUUUGGGACAGAAAAAGGAUGAGUCACUUGCUGGCUUGCCAGUUGAUGAGCUUAUUGAAAAAGCUGAUGGAUUUGCUGGUGUUUUUCCUGAGCACAAGUAUGAGAUUGUGAAGCGUUUGCAAGCAAGAGGACAUAUAUGUGGGAUGACCGGUGAUGGAGUUAAUGAUGCUCCUGCUCUUAAAAAAGCUGAUAUUGGCAUAGCUGUUGCUGAUGCAACUGAUGCAGCUCGAAGUGCUUCUGACAUUGUACUCACAGAACCUGGCCUUAGUGUCAUCAUAAGCGCUGUACUAACUAGUCGAGCGAUAUUCCAGAGAAUGAAAAAUUACACGAUAUAUGCUGUUUCCAUUACAAUCCGUAUUGUGCUUGGUUUCAUGUUAUUGGCACUCAUAUGGCACUUCGACUUUCCACCCUUCAUGGUUCUGGUCAUUGCUAUUCUUAAUGAUGGUACUAUCAUGACAAUUUCGAAGGAUAGAGUGAAACCCUCUCCUCUGCCAGACAGUUGGAAACUAGCAGAGAUCUUUACCACCGGUAUCAUCCUUGGUAGUUACCUAGCGGUGAUGACGGUCAUUUUCUUUUGGGCAGCAUACGAAACAGACUUCUUCCCUGUAAGUGUAUUUUUCUUGUCCUUUAUGGAUCUUGCUAAUAAAGGGUAUUUUCUGGACUUAGUUUCUUGCUUACACUGUCAUUUCCAGAGUAAAUUUGGGGUUUCAAGCCUUCAUAAAAAGGAUAACGACAGCUACAGGAAGCUUGCCGCUGCAAUGUACCUGCAAGUGAGUACAAUCAGUCAGGCUCUCAUAUUCGUCACACGAGCGCGUAGUUGGUCUUUUAUGGAGCGUCCUGGUCUAUUACUUGUAUCAGCUUUUGUUAUUGCUCAGCUGAUUGCUACACUCAUCGCUGUCUAUGCUGAUUGGAGUUUCGCUGCGAUAGAGGGAAUUGGGUGGGGUUGGGCUGGUGUUGUUUGGUUAUAUAACCUCGUCUUCUAUCUGCCACUUGAUAUUAUCAAGUUCUUCAUCCGAUAUGCACUGAGUGGGAGAGCUUGGGAUCUCGUAUUUGAGCAGAGGACUGCCUUCACAAGGAAGAAGCAUUUUGGGAAGGAAGAAAGGGAGCUCAAAUGGGCUCACGCGCAGAGGACUCUCCACGGUCUGCAGCCACCGGACACCAAGAUGUUCGGUGAACGCGCUUCUAACACAGAACUUAAUCAGAUGGCCGAAGAGGCAAGAAGACGCGCUGAAAUUGCCAGACUGAGGGAGAUGCGCACCCUGAAAGGGCAUGUCGAAUCAGUGGUGAGGCUGAAGGGCCUGGACAUCGACACAAUUCAGCAAUCAUACACGGUCUAAGAUACGAUCAAUUUCGCUUAUGGUUUGCAGUGGAUCAUAGUGUUUUGCUUGUUCCUAGAUCAUGUAAUAUGUGUAUGCUUUAUAUAGUAAGUAAUGCCACAGAGACCAACAAUAAACUUGAAUUUGAUAA